AUGGGUAUUGCUCAAUUCAACCCCUUUAAAAAGGACCGACAGAACUUCCCUGGUGUGGUGAUCCCCUUGUCCGAUGCCCCCAUCAAUGCGGCCAACAACUCGACCGUGGAGAAGAAGAAAGAGGAAGAUGCCGUCAACUCCCUCGACCGCUCACCUUCUGCAGAGAAUGGGAGCGCCGGCUCCAUUCCUGAGACCAGCCACUUGACCCUCGACAUUCUCCGUAGAGAAAUCGACGACGAAGUUGCUGCUGGUGCCAGCAACACGAUGUAUGAUCGCAAGGCAAAGGUGAUCAACCGAGCUCUUGCGGAUAUCGGCAUGGGCCGUUAUCAGUGGCAGCUGUUCUUCCUGUGUGGCUUCGGUUGGCUCGCAGACAACCUUUGGCUCCAAGGUGUUGCCCUCACCUUAACCCCGAUUGCGAACGAGUUCGGGGUUGAUACGUCAACGGUGCGAUUCUCUACCUGUGCCUUGUUCUUGGGUCUUUGCAUUGGUGCCUCGUUCUGGGGGAUUGUGUCCGAUAUCAUCGGCCGUCGCCUCGCAUUCAACACCACCCUUUUCCUUGCUGGUGCCUUUGGUCUCGCCGCUGGCGGUGGUCCCAACUGGGUCGGUACCAGCGCCCUGUACGCCUGUCUUGGUCUCGGAGUCGGCGGGAACUUGCCCGUGGACGGCGCCCUCUUCCUCGAGUUCCUUCCCAAGGUCUCCGGAAACAUGUUGACCAUGCUGAGUGUCUGGUGGCCGAUCGGCCAGCUGAUCUCGAGUCUGCUCGCCUGGGCUUUCAUCCCAAACUUCAGCUGUGACUCCGCGCAAGACUGCACAAAGGAGAACAACAUGGGCUGGCGCUACCUGAUCCUCACCCUGGGUGCCAUUACCUUUGCCAUGUGGAUUGCCCGGUUCUUCUUCUUCCACCUGUACGAGUCGCCCAAAUUUCUGCUCUCCCGCGGCCGCCAGGACGAAGCGGUUGCCUCCGUCCACGGCAUCGCCUACAAGAACCGCACCAAGACCUGGCUCACCAGCGAGAUCCUAAAUGAGAUCGGUGGUGUCGACGAUUCCACGGCCGAGGACCACACCAAGCUGAGCGUGGUCCAGAUCAUCGCCCGCUUCUUCUCCAAGUUCUCCGCCAAGAAGAUCCGCUUGCUCUUCGCGAACAAGAAGCUCGGACUCACCACCUACCUCGCCCGCUCCGGCGGCGGUACCAACUCCGAAUCCACCACCUACCGCAACUACGCGAUCACCUCCAUCGUCGGUGUGCCGGGCUCCAUCAUCGCCUGCUUCACCGUGGAAAUCAAGUACAUCGGCCGCAAGGGCACCAUGGCCUUUGCCACCGUCGUCACCGGAGUCCUGCUCUUCUGCUUCACCGAGUCCCAAAACUCCAACAUCCAGCUCCUCUGCUCCUGCCUCGAAGCCUUCUUCCAGAACAUCAUGUACGGCGUGCUGUACGCCUACACGCCCGAGGUCUUCCCGGCCACCAUCCGCGGCACUGGAUCCGGUAUCUCGAGCUGUCUCAACCGCAUCGCGGGUCUCUGUGCGCCGCUCGUGGCGAUCUACUCCAGCACCGGCAAUCCCAAUGCGCCGAUCUACGCUUCGGGUGGUCUGAUGCUGGCUGCGUUUGUCGCGAUGGUGCUGUUGCCUAUUGAGACGCGCGGUAAGCAGACUCUGUAA